AUGGAGGACGCGAAGGUCGCCGCUGACGCCGUAGGCCCUAGGCGCGUUCCUGGUGGCAGCUGCAGCCCCAGCAGCAUUGACACUGUACCUCCCAGUACGCGAGCCAGCGAGUGCGGCUCAGGGCAGGUGAGUCGAGAAGACGGAACUCCGAAGGCGGCGCUCAAGCACGUUGCUUUCAACGUCACCAGCACCUCACCGCGAGCGGAAGAGGCUCCUUUCUUCGCAGCGACGCCCGUGGCGAUGCAUGGGACACAAAGAACACAGGGGCUCAGCCCCACCGACUUGCAGGGGCACAAAGGAUUCCACACUGUCGACGCCGAAUCUCCGCAUCCUCGCUGCGGGUUCCCGAUCAAGUCUCUUUUCAUGACGCGCUCCACGCGCAUCUCGAUCCCCUCCCAUCAUUCUCACAACACUUCACAAACACAGCUCUCCACAGCUGUGCCGACCACGGCAGGCGACGCGAUCAGCGACGCUGUUGAUGAUGCGCCGGAGCUAGUGGGCGCCGAAUCGUCACCAUCCCACUCUUCGGCCCCUCUCCCGCUUACGCCGCCAGCCACUACACCGUGCAGACUGAGCUGCCUCUCUCGCAGCGCUGCGACCGUUUCUGCAGCCACGUCAGCGUCUGAGGUGCCAGAAAGGCAUUACAGCGACAGUAGAGCGCCUGCCGAGCCUUUCGCUUCUUCGUCGCGCGCUGCUCCUGCUGCGGCAGUCGCUUCGGUGGCCCAUGCCGCUGAUUUCGACAUUCACCGUGACAGCCAUGCAAGAGAGGCGGCGCUACUCAGGAGUGUUGUUCAAGAGGGCGAUCAAACCACGUCAAACUCGCUGGAUGGUGCGCUGCCACCACCGCAUCUUCUCACACAAGUACACCGCACGCUCACUUCCGCCGCUGGGCUCACCGGUGACUCGACUGGUUUUUCAUCCGCGCAACCCCUCUUCUCUUCCUCUGCCGUCGACGCUGCCGCGCAGCGUGCGCAGACGCGGAUGGAGGCUAAUCAUGCCCGUAGCCAGCGGCCUAGUCGCACAUCGGAGCUCUCUGCCCGCCAUCAUCCGCGAGCGUCCAGCUUUGUGGACGCUUCGCUGUCCUCGGCACCGUCACCCCUGCUGACGCAGCUGUUGCCGCAGCGCGCGCAGGCUACACCGCGGUCCUCAGUAUACAGGGACAUCCACGACGCGCCGGAGGGCAUGUCUGGUCGCAGCGCGCCGCUGCCGCGACGCGGACUUCGCGUGCCCGGCGGCAGUGCUCAUCCAACCUAUACAACAGCAGUGGCGACCGUCACCGAUGCCAUCGGCGUUGGGGAUCGAGGCGGGGAAGACGUGCUUGGCCAACGCGAAGUCGCGCUUUCGUCAGCUGACCCACCAUUUCUUCACCGUGAUCUCGUGGAAAACACGGCGAGCUGCUCCCCGGCGGUAGCCGCGGCAGCCGAGUUCGGGAUGCCGACUGAGGCCGAGGUGGCGCGCCGUGUCCCGGCUACAACUGAGCCGUCGAUCGCCUCGUGCGUGAGUACAUCGCCGGUGAGCUUGACCGCCUCACAGCAUCCUACUUCCCUUAUCCCCUACUCCACAGAGUCCCCGAGCAGAAGCGCGCUUGUCAGUCCGGAAGGCUCCUGUGUGUUGGCCGCGCCUCCCUUGGUACUGCCCACCACACUGCCGCCAACGGCACCCUCCUGUGGUGAGUCGGCAAAGGCACUGCUCACUGCGCCUCGCACGAGCGCUUGUGGGGACUGUCAGAUUGUCAACGGCGGCGGCGGCGCUCUCCACCUCGAUGGGGGGCAGGCGGCGAAUGAGCUCCCGUACUCAGGUGGCGCAGUCAGUUGUGCCGAGUGCUGCAAUACUUUCGCAGGUGUUGUGUCUGACACCAUCAGGCUUGCACCGAUGCUGGCAGACACACUCCCGCAUGGUCGCUGCUUUACACUGAACAUGCUGACCACCUGGGGAGACGCGCACGAGGUGGGCCUCUGCGGGUUGGAGCUGUUCGACGACCGUGGCCAGCGAUUGCUGCCAUGUUGUGUAGCAGCGACGGGAACGACAGCGGUGGUGUCGCAGACGGCGUCUGAGGAAGGCGACGUCGUCAUACUGGCGGCCACGACGCCGAACGGGUUUGUGUGCGCCUUCGCCGAGUACACGGCAACCGAGACGAAUUUGGCGGCGGCAAGUAACACUGCUGCCACGGGCGGUGAAGAUGCCGCGCAGGUCGGCCCGAGUGAUGAUGCCGUGUGUGGAGAUCCGCGGCGGCAGCUCCGCACGCUGAUCUACCCACACCCCCUUAACACGCACGACGAGACGCACAUGUUCGCCGUGCCGUACACGGCGGGUAAGCCGCACCUUGUCAGCUUUGUUUUUGCAGAGCCGGUUCGACUCUCUGUGAUGCGGCUCCACAACUACGCUGGCAGGGGCCGCGUGCACACUACGAAGGGCGUGCGCAUUGCCGAGGCUUGGAUGGAAGCGACGAUGGUCUUCCGCGGCGAGGUGCGCGCGAACUCUGGAGAGCUGUGCCGUGGAGAGAGCGCGGAGGAGGCGGAGGACGGUGUCGCUCACGGGCAGGGAGAUCAGCACGCCAGUCGACCCUCAUCUCUGCCCCCUUCGACAUCUUUCUCUCCGUACGGCCUUGAGAACUGCGAGAACGUUCUGUGGACGACGGAUGCCGCAGUGCUGGCACGCGUCAUGGCACACGGCCCGCCCUCUACAACUCCACCACUGCGCGAGGUGGACGACAGUGAUGGCACACACGGCCGCCGACGCACUGCUGGCGUUUCGGUGGAGGGUGGGGCAGCUGUACCACGUUGUCUGGCGCCAACGUCUACCGCACGCGACGAUUUGCUCAGUGGCGAUCCAGCGCCUUGCCGCCGUGUGUCUGCUCGCCCUUCGACGACGACGCGAAGGUCGCGAGCCCCGCCUGUGCGCUUUAGCUUCUGCAGUGCACGACAGGCGGACGCUGCCAUGCCGCGCCACCGUCGUGCCUCAGCUGGCGGUGCACCGCGCCUACGAGGCGACAAAGACACUGUGACAUCCUUGCAGGUCUGUCCUGAUCGCUUUCCUCGCCCCAGUGGUGCAGUCGAGGCGUGGGCCGACGUUGCGACGGACGCGCGUGUGCACCAGAUGCCCGCCGGCUCCACAACUGAUUCAGCGCAGCCAGAGCUGCACAACGGCCCUGGCCAAGACGACCGCCAGCUGCGCAAGCAAAGGCGCCGCCAUCUCAAUCGGCAAUCGGUGCUCGACCCUGCUCGGUGUCCUCGACGAGUGACAGCGAUCUGCGUGAUGGUGCUGAGCACUUGGGGAGCGACGCAGCACGUGGGCCUCAGCUGUCUCCGGCUAAGGGAUGCGAGUGGUGACGUUGUCGGCUCUGUGGAUGUGCAGUGUGCCGCCCUCCACUACCCGGAUGGCACCAGCUCCGUUUGCGCAAGCCACAGCUGCCGCGGCAGUAGUGCGGCAGGCACGGUCGAGAACCGCCACCACGCUCCCAGCGCCGCGUGUAACAACGACGACAGCAACGGUUCAGUGAAAGUGCAGGGUGAUGUUGACUGCGGUGGUGAGUGCCGUCUCUCGAGGAGUGUUCGCGGCUUGUUGCAUAGCGAGGCGUACUCGGAGGAAGCGGCCCGCGGCGUCAAUCAGCAGGAUUGCCCUUCUGGUCCGUGCCUCCUCCCAUUUCAGAGCACCAUGCAGCUCGUCUUUAUCUUUCGCGACCCGAUCUCCUCGCUGGGCUUUCUCGAUGUCGCGAAUUACUCGGUAGGGGAUCAGACGGGCUGUGGGGUGAAGGAUGCGCGUGUCUUCUUCGCCGAGGAGGCAGAAGAGGGCGCUACCGCUGCUACUUCGCCCCGUCCUUCAGCGGAGGUUUUUCGCCAGUUGUGGUAUGUCGGUGCCUCCUCGCAGAGUCGACACGCUUUGGCGGCGGCGCGGGUGUACGAGGUGACCCCGUCGGCUGGUGUGACGCUCCGGAAGGCACCUGCCUUUCUCGACUCUGCCCGCUUCCAAAGUUAUGACGUGUCGCUGUACGGCCCUGGUUUGCCACCACCUCGAAUUGCUUUUCCGCCGACACCCACUGUCCGGGACGACGACACUGCCACCGCAGCUACUGCUGCUGCUCCUGCUGCUACUGCCAUACUCGAUGCACAACUCCCACGAAGCAAUCUUCAGCGAGCGCUGCCGCCGUCAACGCAUGACACUGGCAUGCCCUUUGCCGAUCACCUCGGCCGCUACGAAAUCGCGUCCGGUCCAGGAACCGGCGGCGCCGGCAGCAGCAGCAUCGAGACGGAGGUGUUUUCAAUCAGCGGCAUGAAUUUGAAUGGGGAGGGGGGCCAGCCUUGUGCCCAACGCCACCAUGGCCGCGCCAGCUCUUUUUCCUUAACGAGCAGCCUCGGCGCCUCCAUGAACAUCCGGGCCAACGUGGCGAUGCACCGCGCGCGCAUGUCCCUUCUCCAAGAGCGACCGGCGUGGUUGCUGGAGUACCAACCGUAUGUGACGCCGCUCUUGCCAGUGGGGUACGUGUGCAAGCUGCGGCUGACAGUGUGCGCGCGCGAUGUCCCUGCCGCUGAGCCUCUCGACCCCUCCGCUGGCUGUCGUGCAGGGGCAAAGGAGGCGAAACCUCCCUACACGAGCGCCGCCGCCACAUCUUCUCUGGCGACGGCGUCGGUAGUGGGGGAGGCGCCGGCACAGGUAGCUACUGUGAUUACCGCCGGCGACUCUCUGAAGGCGUACUUGAAGGAGUGGCUCGUGAAGCCGCUCCGCGCCUGCAGCUUUGUGAACGAACGCGGCGACGUGGUCAAGCCGAUGCGUCCAGACAAGUACCGCGCCAUGAUGCACGAUGAGGCGGCGCGGCGCCACAGUACGUCUUGGCAAGACGGUAACGACGAUGGGGAUGCGCAGCACGAGCGCGCACUGGCACGGUGCGUGCCAAUGGUAGCGGAAAGCAUGGUGAGCGUUGUGCCCGCAAAUCGCCACAACUCUGCGGCGAGUACGCAUGCCAUGUCAUUACCGCAGCCGCCUCUGCAGGUCGUUGCGGAGCUGCUUUACGUCGCGGACGUGCCAUUUUGCAUCUCGCUCGUGGCUCUUCACAAGCCCCUUGUCGUGUGCGGCUCGGCGGCUUGGGUCCGGCAGGUGCAGGUCUUCGUGGAUGACGCGCUUGUCUUCUCUAGCGGAGAGGCUUCUGUACGACUCACGCAGACCUCAUCAGGGAAUGGCGCUGCGCGCGACCCAGGUGUGGGUGCCGGGGCGCGGGCCGGGGAUGCUACGGGACCAGCAGCAUCUGGCAGCUUCGGACCCCAGCUCAACAACGGCCGAGGCGGCGCAGCCGAUGCUGCAAGCGAGGGCGCACAGCUGUGGGGAGACCUUCCGGAAUGUGCGACGUCCUUGAAGCCUUAUGUGGUCUUCACGCUCGACCCAGACCUACUCGGCGACCUACGCGCUGAAGCAACGGGUGCUUCCUCCUCGUCAUAG